GUUCGGGGUUUUUUGGAAGCAAGUGGGGUCUAGGGGUAGUUCUUAAGCCCUUUCCCGGAAUCGGUGACUUUCGUGAUGGGAAAAGCCUUAGACAAGAAUAACUGCCGUUUACUGGACGUUUACUAUGUUACUACCGACAUGUUACUACGUCAGGCACUGCUCCUUUCCUGCCUUUAAUACCAUCCUCAUGUCCUAUGACCAUGUGGAACUUACGUUCAACGACAUGAAGAACGUGCCCGAGGCUUUCAAAGGGACCAAGAAGGGCACCGUCUACCUUACCCCCUACCGGGUCAUCUUCCUGUCCAAGGGGAAGGACGCGAUGCAGUCCUUCAUGAUGCCGUUCUACCUGAUGAAGGACUGCGAGAUCAAGCAGCCCGUGUUCGGCGCGAACUACAUCAAGGGGACGGUGAAGGCAGAGGCCGGAGGCGGCUGGGAGGGCUCUGCUUCCUACAAGCUGACCUUCGCGGCAGGGGGCGCCAUCGAGUUCGGACAGCGGAUGCUGCAGGUGGCGUCGCAAGCCUCCCGAGGCGAAGCCCCCACUGGAGCCUACGGGUACUCCUACCUGCCCAGCGGGGCCUAUGUCUUUCCCCCGCCCGUCGCCAACGGGAUGUACCCCUGCCCUCCUGGCUACCCCUACCCACCGCCCCCGCCUGAGUUCUACCCUGGACCACCCAUGAUGGACGGGGCCAUGGGGUACGUGCACCCCCCGCCGCCGCCCUACCCCGGACCCAUGGAGCCGCCGGUCAGUGGGCCUGCAGUCCCCGCCACCCCUGCAGCCGAGGCCAAGGCCGCAGAAGCAGCUGCCAGCGCUUACUACGACCCUGGCAACCCACACAACGUCUACAUGCCCAUGAGCCAGCCGCCGCCGCCUCCUUACUACCCCCCUGAAGACAAGAAGACCCAGUAGACCCCUCGCCCCCACGUCCCGCCUCCCAUUGCUCUCUCCCUCCCCUCGCCUGGGGCCGAGUCUGGGGGGAGGGUAAUGAGGGGAGCAUGCUCUCUCUCCAGGUCUGAUGGUAAAACACUCAGCAGGAACUGCAUUGACAGAAGGGAGGGGCCCCUUGACGCGGAGCCACGCCUCCAGCUUCGCACGCUAGCUCAGAGCCCAGACUAGCUCAGAGCCCAGACCGCUGGGCAGAUAACUUCCUGUCAGCAUCUCUGGGGGCUCCUCGGGAGCGCAGGGGGUCCCCCGUGUUCCUGUCUCGUUCCAGUAGCUUCUGCCCGCAGAGGGACUCUCUGGCCACCUCCUCCACCGCAGUCCGGCCCCCUUGCUUUGGUAGCCACUGUACGCUCAGCCUCUGGUUCUCCCGGCCGCCAGCCCUGCCCCUGUCCCCUGCACGCCGGCCUGCCAGCCCACAUUUCGUCCCUAGCCAGCCUCCAGCCCCAGUCACCCCUGCUGCCCUGCCCUGCCCUGGCCCUGGUCAUUCCGUUACCCCCGCUCCAGGGGCCAGGUGGCGCCAGGGCCAGGCGCUCUGCUUCCCUGCUGGUGUCUCUGGAAUUCCUUCCCUUUGCCUUCUCUCUGUUCUGGCGGGGAGGGGCUCCCGCGGCCGGAGAGAGCGCGUCCGCCCCAGCAUGCCAUCGGGAGGCUGCUGGGUGGGCCCCAGCCAAGGCCCCGACCCCUGGGACCCGGCCUGCACCCCGCCCCCCGCCCACGUUCCACGCCUGGUCGGCGCUGUGCCCUGGACUUGCCGCGAAGUGAGGAGAUGGUUAUUUAAAGAGACUUCCCUAUUUAUUUGACCAAAAAGAGAAAGUCCAGUUAAUAUAUGUUAAUGUGAAAUAAACCCUGUUUGCACCUUGACUUGUUUGCUGGAAGUGUGAAGCAGUAAAAACGAAGUGACUGGA